ACCGCCUCCUACGUGUAGCGUACUAGCGUUCAUUCAUCAUUCUCCAUCGCCGAGCCGCCGCCGCCGGCGCCACCGCAGGUAAACAGUGUCAGCUCCUACUUCCAGCACAUUGUUGAGGAGUGAGAACGUAAAGGAAGGACCUUGCUAUGGAUUCUUCGCAGCCAGAAGUCGGCGUGAGAAACCGAUGCUUCAAGGUGCCAGUUUAGGGAGAGGAACGGGGAUCGAACGAUCGGCGUUUGUGGCCUCCGCUUUGUAUUUUGGUGGCGCGGAAAGGGAAUAUUGUGGGGGAGAGAGGAGGGGCGGGAUCUGAGGCAAGUGGUCGCUGGGUUGGGUGGUCGUCGUUGCCGUCAUCGAUGGCCGUCUCCUUGUCCUCCACCAUCAGGAUUUCCCUGCUAGUGCUCCUGGUCGUUGCUUCCGCCGCCGCCUUCUUCACGCUCCCAGUCGAAAAGAUUCUGAAGGAGUUCUUGGUUUGGAUAAACCAGAAUCUUGGUCAAUGGGGGGGACCUGUUGUGCUGACUGUUGCAUAUAUUCCCUUGACUAUACUUGCCGUUCCAGCUGCAGUACUUAGUCUUGGUGGUGGAUAUCUAUUUGGGUUCCCAAUAGGCUUUCUUGCUGAUUCAGUUGGAGCAACGAUUGGGUCUGUGGCAGCAUUUUUGCUUGGCAGAGCUUUAGGAAGGUCCUAUGUCAUCUCCAAAAUGAAAGACUAUCCUGACAUCCAAGCUGCUGCGAUUGCAAUUGAGAAAUCUGGAUUUAAGAUUGUUUUGCUGCUUAGGCUAGCUCCUUUGGUUCCAUUUUGCUUGUCGAACUACUUCCUAUCUGUCACAUCGAUCAGCCUUGCAGAGUACACAAUGGCAUCCUGGCUGGGAAUGAUGCCAAUUACUCUUGCUCUGGCGUAUGUGGGAACUACUUUGAAGGAACUAGCUGAGGUUACACAUGGAUGGAGUGAGGUUUCAAUUGCUCGCUGGGCACUGAUGAUAGCCGGAUUAUUGAUAUCUGCUGUGCUUAUGGUUUGUGUGACAAGAGAAGCAAAGGCAGCUCUACAAAGAACUUUAGCUGAGAACUUAGAGGCAGAUAACAUACUCAUCCCGUCGUCAUCACCGUCCUUGCCGCAACCGUGCUCGGAUCUAAACCAGCCUCUUAUGAUCAAGAUCAAUUGUUCAAAUGUUGACGUAGAAAAUUAAUUUCUCUUUCCCUCUUCUUUCUUUCAUUGAAUGCAUCCAGUACUACCAAAUUUUUGGGUCAUAGAUUGACUUAGCAGGCAGUUGCUAUAAUUCAUUGUUUUAGGUGUGUAUAAUUCAUUGUUUUGCCUAGUUUU